AUGCGCGGCCCGUCUUCGCCGCUGCUGCUGAGCACGGCGCGGCGACUGCGGCCUCGGCAGCCUUGGACGACGACAUACGUGUGCCGGCUAUGCAGAGGCAUACAGAUCAGUGCCGCGCCGAGCACCGAUGCCGCGCGGGCUGGCAUGGACGCCUUUGGCACGUCGACGGCGGCGCCGAGGAGCACGGCUGAUGCUCGGUUCGAGGUCCUCGGCUCCCCGUACUCGCUCCUCUCCGUUACUCUCUCGGCGUCGCAGAAGCUCUACACUCGGAGGGGCACGCUCGUGGCCGUGGCCGGGCAACCGGACAAUGCACGGUCGACGCUGUCGUUGCUGAACCCCCUUACGCGGGCCCCGUUGGGCGUCCCAUUCCUGUACCAGCGGAUAUCCGCAACGUCCCCCAUUACCGCCCUCAUCGCGACAAAGUCACCGACGACGACCUUUAGCGUCCUGCAUCUCGACGGAACGACGGAUUGGAUCGUGUCGCAACGCAACGCCCUGCUGGCCUGGACCGGGCACACGCUCUCGCUUUCGUCCCGCAUCCAGAGACAGCUAUCCGUCGCCCACUGGGGCAGCACGCAUGUGACGGGGCGCGGGCUGGCGGCCCUCUCGGCGCCGGGCCAGAUUUACCAGCUGACCCUGGCCGAGGGCGAGGAAAUGGCGCUGCAUCCCGGCAGCGUCGUGGCCUACUCGGUCUCAAGGGACCGGCCGCAGCCCUUUCGGUUCAAGAGCUCGACCCUGCGGCUCCAGGUCCCGUCGCUGACGUCGUGGAUCCCCGAGACGGACCUGAUGCGCAACCUGCGCAAGACGGACACGUACAAGUUCCUGGCCCGGGCGUGGUGGAAUCUGCGGACGACGGCGCGGCGCACGAUAUGCGGAGACCGGCUCUUCCUGCGGUUUAAGGGGCCAACGACCAUCAUCAUGUCGAGCCGCGGCGUGCGCGUGGCCGACGUGCUCUCCCAGGAGCAGGUCAACGAGAUUGCCGAAGCGCCGGCCAGGCCCAGGCCCGCGGCCCUGGAGCCUCCCGGGCAGCGGCAAGAAGGCGGACAAGAGUCAGGGGCGACGGCGGAGCAGGCCCCCAGCGCUCUACACGUGGCGUGUGUCAACAGAGACGGCAAGGUGGCGUUUGAGGAUGCCAAGGACCUGAAGGAAUUCAUGCGGUGA